GAUAUCAGUGCUGUUUGAGACUAUACUGUUGUUUGUUUGAGCUUGAUAAUUGAUACUUUGAUUACCUACUGCUGUAGUGUUGUAGGUGUAGGACUACUGUCUUCUGUUUGAAGUAAAUUAUAUAGUAUAUAACUAUACACUAUAGUGUAUAACUGUAUAGGACGACUAGGUGGCCGACCAGUCACGGAUUAACCGUCCUGGUCGACGUCCUAAGCGCGAUUAAUCGCCUAAUCAAUCACAGACCACGAUCUGACGAUCAGACGAUUUGAAAACUAUGAUUAGAACCCAAAAUUCAAUAUGAAACAUUCCUUCAUUCUGCCUAAUUUACUGAAAGGUAACCAAGUUCUACCCAGCCCCAAAAGAGCAGCACGAUGCUCAUACUAAAUUACUACUAUAUAGAGCGCGACGCAAACGCGUGCACCCGUGCGUCCACGUCGGCAAAAAAACAUGUGCGCAGGAUGUUCCAUCAACGGACGAGAUUUCUUCUCAGCCUCCCCGGGCCGCUGUAGGCGCCUGGAGAAUUCUAGCAAUGUGCAGUUCAUAAAAAAAAUCAACUGUUUUCUAGAAGGGCGUACAUAUAGGCAUCGCGUGCCUAGCGUCGGCUACCGUGACUGCGGCGUCGGCGGCUGGGACCAGCGGCUGUGCGUCCCCUCUCUAGAAGCUUCGUCCGUCUUCACCAUCUGUGCAGCUGAAGCUAGGGCGUCGCCACCGUCAAUGUCAUGGCACUCCCGCUCUGUUCACCAAUCGCAUCGACAGGUAACAGUCCAUCAUCUCCGUAUCACCUCCUUGGAUCCUCCUCCGUUCGGUGACUUCCACAGCAUGCCGCCAGGAGCCCUAUCCUCAAUCAUGUCUUUCCCGCCGAGCUACACACCUUCAUGAGCCCACCCCCUCCUCCCCCAAACGACGCCGGGUGACAAGGAGGAAAAGUAGUAAUGACGACAUGCAAACUGAAUAAGAUUAUGUAUUUUGAAUACGAUUCUAGAGAUGCACACGCUCUGUUCAUCAAUGCUGCUACGUUUUGAAGCUUCAGCAUUUCAUUACUGCUACAAAUAUAUGUACACAGUAAUAUAAUCUCUAAGCUCCUCAUGUUGCUACAUUUGUAAACUUCAAUAUUUCAUUACUGCUACAAAUCUAUUUACAGUUCCAAUUGACUAUGGUAGCUUCCUUGCUUUCUGUUCU